CUUUCUGCUGUCUACUUUUGGGUUCCCCCUAUCUAGAUCAGACGUGGAACAAGAUAGAAAGGACUAGCCUGUCUUUUGAGCCUGAUCUUUGUCUUAGCUAAUGUUGUAAAUUCUUUUAAACUCGCACCUUCACAUGACACAAGUGUUUGAUCAGCGUUUUAAAAGUCUCCAAUCUGAGAGCCUACCAGUCCGGGGAAAUGAAAGUAAAGAUUGGGCACAGGACUGUUUACUUACAAUUAAUCAAGACUGAAGUAUCUCCGGAGCUCAAAGAAGGAUUGACAAGUGAAUAAGUUCCAGGUGCAAUGGACUGGGGGACUCUGCAAGGUGUGCUCAGUGGGGUGAAUAAAUAUUCAACUGGAUUUGGACGGAUCUGGCUGUCUGUAGUAUUCAUCUUUCGAGUAUUGAUUUAUGUGGUGGCAGCAGAAAGUGUGUGGGGAGAUGAGCAGAGUGACUUUGACUGCAAUACCCAGCAACCUGGCUGUCCAAAUAGUUGCUAUGACCAUUACUUUCCCAUUUCCCACAUUCGUCUAUGGGCUCUGCAACUAAUCUCUAUCACCACACCUUCCCUGAUGGUUGUCCUUCAUGUAGCCUACCGAAAAGAGAGGGAACGGAAGCACAGAUUGAAGUAUGGUGAGAAUUGUUCCCAAUUAUACAAAAACGCAGGGAAGAAACAUGGUGGGCUCUGGUGGACCUAUUUGAUCAGUCUAGUGUUUAAAACCGGUUUCGAAAUCACUUUCUUAUAUAUACUUCAUCGAAUUUAUGAUCGUUUUUAUUUACCUCGUCUUGUCAAGUGUUCCAUGUUCCCUUGUCCAAAUAUCGUUGAUUGUUAUAUUGCCAAGCCAACUGAGAAAAGGAUCUUCACAUACUUCAUGGUUGGAGGAUCAGCUCUUUGUACCAUCCUCAACAUAUCUGAAAUACUAUACCUACUUUUCAAACGAUGCUUUCGAUGUUGCAACAGGAGAAACGAAAGGGAAGAGGAGAGCAUGGCAAAGUCAAGAGGAAAAGAGCUUCGUAAAGGUACUCUCGAGAAUGGGAUUAUGCUGGAAGAAUGCAACCACAAGGCCUAACAAGCAAUGUUGCCAAUCAAUACCAAAAUAGUUUUCAAUGACAUAUUUUGGAAAAGCUUAAUAUGAACAACAUCUUAUUUUCACCAAAAGAGAUACUAUGCUCAUAAACAAAUAGGACUCAGUGAGCAAGGACUGCACAAAGCCAUCUGUAUCAGACUGGCUAAGAAUUGAGAGUAUGCAUGCCAAAUUCAGUUUGACUCUCAUCUUUCUAUGUCAGUUGAAAUGCUUUUCAUUGUAUUAAGAGCAAGUAUAACCUGUAGCUUCAACACAGUAUUGGGGGCAAGUCUUUGAAUUAUCUCCAAGGUUUUCAAUCCAUGUCUUUAUGAUGACAAGUCCCCAGUGGAAUGUGGAAACAUUGCUCAAGUUUGUGUUUUCGUUGGACCAGCAGAUGCAUAGCUUAUGGAACAUUACCACUGGAUAAGCAACAAUAUGAAUAGAGUCUAUUCAUCAAGAGACAGUCAAGGAUUUGGAGAAAAUCAGUUCAUCAGUAGGAGUAAAAAGGACAUGAGCAGAGCAUAGGCAAGCAAGUGAAGCGCUGAAAGCACAUCAUCGCGGCAGAUAUGACAGUUAUGGCACUACAGCCAUAGCUGAAAUGUACUCAGACAAGAAGAACAAUUGCUGCAGGAGAUGUUGAACUAUCAGUAGAAAACCUAGAAGUAUUGUGGAGGAUUAUGAAAUAUUUGAAAUAAUAGACGAAUUACACGAUGAACUGUAUAAAAUGCCAGUAUAGAGAAUCACAGAAAAUCUCCUGAUUAAAAAUAGAACUUGACUUAGACACUGUGUAGAUCAAUGGGCCUUUUUGUAAGUGAGGCAAAUUUCACAAAGUGAUUCCAAAAUACCAGUUAUAGGUAUUGAGAACAGAAUUUGAUUUAUAAAGUCACCAUUGAAUAUGCCUCAGAUUUUCUAUGUUCUAUGUUCUAUGUUUUCAGCUCAGCAAUCUAAACUGAGUAUCGCAGUUCAAUGCUGAAACAUUGCUGUAUUGUUGGAAGUGCCAUCUUUCUGAUGAGAUGUUAAGUCAAGGUCCUGCCUGCCUCCUUGGAUGGAUGUAAAGGAUUUUUAUGUAUUAUUUUAAAAAAGAGCUGAGUAGAUGAUUCCUGGCUAAUAAUAAUUGCUGAGUGAGCAACACAAAACAAAGGUGUAAUUAAUUUGUGGGAUCCUUCAAUACACAAUUCAACCCACAUUUUCUACAUUACAAUAAGUGAAUACAGGCGCAACAGAAAUUAAAACAUUUCUUUCUUCUUGCGAUUUGAAAAAGGUGACAGCGAAUACUUUAUUCAAGAUUCAGAAACAAAGAUGCUGCAGUUGUUUACAGUUUGGAAAUACUUCCGGUAAUAUAUCAAGAGGCGGGGAAAGAGGAAUGUCACCAUACUCCUACCAAACCAUAGGGCUGCACUCUUAUUAGAGAGAGAUGAUGGGAAUGUGGUUUCAUGAGUGAUGAAAGAAGUCUCUAGUAUGUAGACAAUCUGUUGCUGACAAGCACAUACAGCACAGAAAAUAGAAAGAAUGGAAAAGCACAUCACUGCCUAAUUAGCAUCCAAUUUUUAUUUAGUGAAGAGCUGCAUAUGCAUUAUCAACAGUUUUACGCUGUCAGGGAAGAGCCUCAGUGCAAUUUGGUUGGUCUUCUCUCUCAACUACCUUUACUAAGAUUAAGAGAAUGGCACUAUGGCACAAUGCAUACAUAUGGAUACCAGGUUAAGUCAUUAAAAACGCCAACUGUAACAAAAACAAUUGUAUUUGUACUGCUCAUGAAAUAAAGACUUUAGCACAAAUUGCCAAACUGCCUGCAGACAGAGGACAUUGCAGUUUUAGUCAAAUAAUAAUCAGUGUUGUAUAUAGUGUUGUUUCUUUUACUUUACACUUUUGUUUACAGAAUGCGUUCAUUAUCACUGGCAGAGCCAGAGCUUAUUCCCCAACAUUUAAUUGUGUGGCUUACUUAGCUAUUUCAUACUCAUCCACAUUGUAUGGUACUGCACAUUUAUUGCAGACGUGCCUACUUCAAAAUAGAGAAGCCUUCCCUAAAGUUUGGAUAUUAAUGAACUAAGGGAGUUUUUACAUGGUCACCAUUAUUAAUAACAGCAUUUUAAUUUCAAUUUUAAAAAAAAAUGAAGUUUAAAUAAACCAGACGGCGUAGUAUGAUUUGAAAUCAUGUUACUCGAUCAUUAGUCAUGGCUUCUGGAUUACUAGCUCAAUAACCAUAGUGCUACUGUUCCCUCACCAUUGAAUUUAGUUGAAAACUUGCCCUCAAUAAAGCAUUUCAAUAGUGUACAUCAUAAUUCUUAAUACAGAAAUUGCAGAUAGUUACAGAUUUUAAAUGACUCGCACUGUUAUAAUUUCCUAGAAUUUCUGCAGUGGUCCACAAAGACAUUCAUUGAGUGACUUGUUAACAUAGCAUGCUCCAUUCAAAUCAGUACAAUAUUGAGCAUUCAGAAUUAAUCUAAUUGUGAUCUUUGUUAUCAUUUGCAACAUUGCAGAGUACUGCUAGAGGGCUUAGAAUCAGAAAACAACUCAAUCACUUCUCAGGCUCAAUUAAACAUUAUAACAGGUGAUUUGACAAAUAGGCAUGUGCUGAUUUCCCCAACCUAUACUAUUUUAUAUUAAUAUUUAUUGAUCUUUUUGCACUAAUCAUGGAUUGUAGAAAUUAAAUAUGGCUAAGAUUAUGCACAAGAGAGGCCCUCAUGCUUCUAUUAUUUAUUUAUAGUAAGAUUUCAGUACAAACUCUGUCAAAUUGGACUUGGCCUGAUAGUCUGCCUGUACAUACCGUGAUCCAUGCUUUUGUUAUCAAAAUGGAGCCAAUACUCAUGAGCAUAUCUCUGCAAAACAGCCCAUUGCUGUCUUAUUAGUGGAGUCCUGGCAUCUUAAAUGUACAUCAGACAUUUUCCAUAUCACUCUUUACCCACUAUUAUAACCACUGUGAUGAAUUUUAAUUAUCCUUAAGCACUGAGAUUUUGGGAGGUCACCUGUCUAACUUAAGAUUCUUUAGUUCCAUCCUUUCAGAACCACAACCACUUAGUAAAGCUCUCUUACAUUAAUGUCCUGUGUACAUUAUAACAUGUACAUUCCAUACCAUGAGCAUACUAUGUCAACAAGUUGCUUUUGAAGAAUAAUUUCAUGAAAGAAAUUGCCAUCCUGAAUUGGGUUGUAGCUGCCCAUUAGAAAAAGCUGAAUGUUGGAAUGUGAAAGGGCAAUGGUAUCAUUAUCUAUUAUUAGAUCUCAUCUCUCAAUGAAAAACUCAAACUGUGUCUGGAAGUGACUAUUCGAACUUUGUACCAAAAGAAGGAGAUAGCCCUGGAGCCUGAAUUUCAGACAUAAAGACUCUCAAAAAGUAUAUAUAAUUUUUUUUCUAUCUUUAUGUUACAUGUUACAUUUGAUAUAUUGUUACUGCUGUGUGCAGGUUGCAAAUAAAUAGUUUUACAUAUA